GCAGGUUCCAGCCACACAUGAGCACUGUCAUUUUGGGGAACAUGGAGGGCUGAAGGAUUUUUGGAUCGAGUCCUAAAAGGCAGAGAGUGAUGGCCUCCCGAGCUGUGCAGAGGGCGGCAGAGCUAGUUCCUGAAAGUUGAAAAUCUCGUUUUCUUCCUCCUGAGCUGCUGUUCCAAGGCACCCAGAGGAUUAGGAAGGAGAUGCAGCUAGGAAGAGAGUCGCCUCUUUGAGGUCUCCCCUCUUGCUGUUCAGUUUGGGAAAACUGCUGCAGAGCCUUCGAGAUAAACAGGAACAGGAGGAGUCAUCCAAGCCCUUUCUUGCAAGAGCGUCUCAGAGCUCAUCUGUCCUGGAUGUAAUGGAGUAUGCCUCACCAGAGAUGUAACUGAACAUUUUUUUCUACAGUGCUUUUCUACUGGGCAAUCCGAUAUGGCCAGGAACUGCUCAGAGUGUAAGGAGAAGAGGGCGGCACACAUCCUCUGUACCUACUGCAACCGCUGGCUGUGCAGCUCUUGCACCGAGGAGCACCGGCAUGGCCCUUCCCCAGGAGGCCCCCUCUUUCCCCGCUCCCAGAAGGGAUCUUCAGGAGUGAAUGGUGGUGCUGGGGACUAUGCCUUGUACUGUCCUCUACACACUCAGGAAGUGCUCAAACUUUUCUGCGAGACCUGUGACGUGCUCACGUGCCAUAGCUGCCUCAUGGUGGAACAUAAAGAACACAGGUGUAGACAUCUUGAAGAAGUUUUGCAAAAUCAGAGGAUGCUUCUGGAAAGUGUGACUACACAGGUGGCACAUAAGAAAUCCAGUCUGCAGACAUCCGCUAAGCAAAUUGAGGACAGGAUUUUUGAGGUGAAGCAUCAGCACAGGAAGGUGGAAAACCAGAUCAAAAUGGCCAAAAUGGUUCUGAUGAAUGAGCUAAACAAACAGGCCAAUGGGCUGAUAGAGGAGCUGGAGGGCAUUACAAACGAGAGAAAGCGGAAACUGGAGCAGCAGUUACAGAGUAUCAUGGUUCUCAACCGGCAGUUCGAGCAUGUGCAGAAUUUCAUCAACUGGGCUGUCUGCAGCAAAACCAGCAUCCCCUUUCUUUUCAGCAAAGAGCUGAUUGUUUUUCAGAUGCAGCGAUUGUUAGAGACAAAUUGUAACACAGAUCCUGGCUCCCCCUGGAGUAUCAGAUUCACCUGGGAACCGAACUUUUGGACCAAGCAGCUGGCUUCCCUCGGCUGCAUAACCACUGAAGGUGGCCAGCUGUCCCGGGCCGAAACUCCUGCUUAUGGCGCCCUCCAGGGACCGUCAUCGUUCUACCAAAGCCACCAGUCUUCAGUGACCCAGCAAGAGACUCUUAGCCACCCCUCUCACAAGUUCCAGUCGUCUGUGCUGUGCUCCUCUUCUGUCUGCUGUUCUCACUGCUCCCCAGUCUCACCCUCCCUCAAAGGCCCGAUACCCCCACCCAGCAUGCACCCCACCCACGGCUUCCGGCAACCCUCCGAGAUGGUGCCCCCCCACAUGGGGCCGCUGCAGUGCUCCAGCCUGAUGCCCAGGGAGAAGGAGCUGGUCUGCAAUCCCCACCCGCCCAAGCUGCUGCAGCCCUGGCUGGAAACCCAGCCCGCUGCGGAGCCAGAGAGCACCACCCAGAGACUGGGGCAGCCACUGAGCUCCCAACCCGUGUGUGUCGUGCCCCCGCAGGAUGUGCAGCCAGGCGCCCACGCCCCGCCCCCCGUGCAGGCCCCCUCCAUCCAGGUGCAGUUCGGCCACCACCAGAAGCUGAAGCUCAGCCACUUUCAGCAGCAGCCACCGCAGCCGCCACCCCCGCCACCACCUCUGCCGCCGCCACCCCAGCAGCAGCCCCCCCCAACUCUACCUCCGUCUCAGCACCUGGCUUCCAGCCAGCACGAGAGCCCCCCUGGACCUGCCUGCUCCCAGAAUGUGGACUUGAUGCACCACAAGUUUGAACUGGAGGAGAUGCAGAAGGACUUGGAGCUUCUCCUGCAGGCCCAGCAGCCCAGCCUGCAGCUGAGCCAGACCAAGUCCCCUCAGCAUCUGCAGCAGACCAUCGUGGGCCAGAUCAACUACAUUGUCAGGCAGCCAGCACCUGUCCAGUCCCAGAGCCAGGAGGACACUGUGCAGGCUGCAGAGGAGCACCCAGCGUCUGAAGGCCCAAAGCCGGCUCUCCCUGAUAAGAAUACUGCUGCUACCUUGCCCCAGGCCUCUGGGGAAGAAACACCUCACAGUGUCCCCCCACUGGGCAGCACCAUCCAGCACUCCUCUCCAAAUGUGGUGAGAAAGCAGCACUCCACCUCGGUGAGCAUCAUGGGCUUUUCCAACACGCUGGAGAUGGAGCUGUCAUCCAACAGGCUGACGAGGACCUUAGAGCCACAGAUCCAGAGCGUGAGCACCCUGGCGGCCGGUGCCCCCCAGGCAGUACCAGGCCUGCUGGGUGGCCCCCCACCCACCGUGUCCAGCCUGGCAAGCAACCAAAGCCAGACCCUGCCCAGCCUGACAGCCAACCACCUGCAGACGGUGCCCAGCCUUGUGCGUGGUGCCCCCCAGCCCAUGCCCAACUCCAUGAGUGAGUCCUCCCUGACCAUCCCGAGCCUGGCAAGUGACCGCGCUCAGGCUGGGUCUAACCUGAUGCCUGCUCCUGCCGAGUCUGUGGCGAGCCUGGCAACUUGUCCCCAUCAAGGCUUGCCUCCACCUUCCGACACACAGUCGGAAACUGGAUCCAACUGCAGUUCGAGCUCUGGCCGAUGCACUGGCAACCUGUGCCCUCUGGAUGGGGCUGACCCCUCCCUGGGAACUGCACUCUGUAAGAUUGAAAGUGAGGAUUCCACCCGCUUCACUGACUCUCUGGGACAAGGCCUCAUGGCCCCUGGUCUGGAUGCCUCCAAAGACUUGAUUAUUCCCUCAGAGCCAGAGGAGCCGAUUAAUCUCUCUGUGAAAAAAUCUCCCCUGGUUCCAGUGGUCAGCACAUCCAUGGCUUUGCAACAGUUCCAGAACCCAAAAGAGUAUGACAGUGUUGACCAAGGAACCCUGGAGCUGAAUACCAAGGAAAACCAGAGAAUCAGUCCCUUCACCAGCGAGCCCAAGAUCCCCUACGUUCGACUGGAGAGACUCAAGAUUUGCGCCACUUCUUCAGGGGAGAUGCCUGUGUUCAAGCUGAAGCCCCAGAAGAAUGACCAGGACGGGAGCUUCCUGCUGAUCAUCGAGUGUGGCGCUAAGUCUUCCAGCAUGUCCAUUAAGGUCAGCCAGGACCACAGCUCAGAGGCCAUGCAGACCCCGAGCCUGGGGGGGAGAAAGGUCACUGUCACUUCUCUGCAGCGGCCCCCAGAGGUAGAGGGCGCAGCCUCGGAAGAACCAAGGCCUCUUCCUCGCACCGCUGGAGCCAAGAAGGGACCCCCGGCACCAAUAGAAAAUGAGGACUUCUGUGCAGUGUGUCUCAAUGGCGGAGAGCUGCUAUGCUGUGACCGCUGCCCCAAAGUGUACCAUCUCUCCUGCCACCUGCCGGCCCUGCUCAGCUUCCCUGGGGGAGACUGGGUGUGCACCCUCUGCCGCAGCCUGACGCAGCCUGAAAUGGAAUAUGACUGUGAGAACGCCCGCUACAGCCAGCCUGGGAUACGGGCUCCUCCAGGCCUGAGCCUGUUCGAUCAGAAGAAGUGUGAGAAGCUGGUCCUGUCGCUGUGCUGCAACAGUCUCAGCCUGCCCUUUCACGAGCCUGUCAGCCCUCUGGCUCGGCAUUAUUACCAGAUUAUUAAGAGGCCCAUGGACCUGUCAAUCAUUCGGAGGAAGCUGCAGAAGAAAGACCCAGCUCACUACACCACCCCGGAGGAGGUGGUGUCCGACGUGCGCCUCAUGUUCUGGAACUGCGCUAAGUUCAACUAUCCUGACUCAGAGGUGGCCGAGGCCGGCCGCUGCCUGGAAGUGUUCUUCGAGGGCUGGCUGAAGGACAUCUACCCGGAGAAACAGUUUGCCCAGCCCCAGCAGGAGGACUCGGACUCAGAGGAGGUGUCAAGUGAGAGUGCGUGCUCCACGCCCCAGGGCUUUCCGUGGCCCCCUUACAUGCAGGAGGGCAUCCAGCCCAAGAGGCGGCGGCGACAUAUGGUAAAGAACUGCUGGCGGGAGAACGAAAAAGCAAAAAGAAUGUCCUUCCGCCCCACCAACAGCGUCUCCCAGGUGUGAGAGCUGGAAGGAUGCUGAACUGCCCUGCCACCGGCACCCCGUCCUGUCGCCCGCUUCUCCCCACCUUUCAGCUCAUUCUCUUGAGAUUGUGGAUGUGAGACGAGUCUUGUCGAGCUGUGUCGUGAUCUUCUUUGCCGUUCACAUCUUACAGCAUUUAUUUGGGAGUCUUCGUGCAUCCACGACAGAGAUUUCAGGAAUAAACUGCCAAGAGAGAGGUGUUUCCGCGCCCGGCAGGGUCCGAUGUGCAGGGUCUACUGGACAAGCCCCAGGCUGGCCGGUCUUGGGAGGAGCCAUUUGCCUUGGUGAAUUUUUCCUCCCGAGGAAAACGCUUUUCUCACUUUUCAGUGUGCAGGGCACAGGAGGAAGGUGGACAGCCAGACUCCUCCUGGCCCAGAAGAGAGGGGGAGGAAGGGAGAGAGGUUCUGACAUAGAGCAGGCCUGUUAUCCCUGGCCCAGCGCAGCCAAAGACUGUCACUGUUUGCCUUUGCUUGGCCUGCCCUGGCCAGGGGAAUGAAGGAGGCUUCUAGAGGCCGUGGGUCUCAACUGGUGCCUAUUCGGGUUACAUUGGUUUUCAGGGUAUUUGCCUUUCCCACUUUUGCCACUGGGAAAGUACCGUGGACGCUGUGGGCUGGGCUGGGUGGCAGCACAGGCUGGAGUGCCCUUGCCCACUGAAGAAGACACGUGCUUCAGUGCCCACCCUCUGUGCCACUUACGAUUUCUUUUUGGCUCAUAGGUCUUCUUUGGUGUCAGAACCGCCUUCCUAGAAGUGACUUCCAGUAGCCACCCCUUCGCUAGCUCCAUUCUGCAGCCCAGGUCCUGAGCUGGGUCAGGAAAGCUGGGCAGCAGCUGCCCCCUGCUUCAGGCUCAGCAUCCCCCCCACCACCCCGGGGUGAGGCAGGGCUGGCCCCCUGCUUUAGGGACCCGCGCGCUCACCCUCUCCAUGUGCGCGGAGCCAAAGAUCAGAGGGCAGCAUCUUCUCACUCACCCGCACCCAGGCGGAGAGAGCCUAGACUCCAGGGGGGCUUUCCUGUGUUGCCGAUGGAGAAAGCAGAGGAGGGCCAAGCUAGCUGGACCCAUAUAUCCACAGGCAAAGUUCUGCUGGGUUGGACAAGGGGGACAUUGGGAGGCAAGGAAGCGGUAUCCUUUUGGUGGCCCUGAGGAGCCUUCAGGAUGUGGCUUCUAGAAUACAGAGAAGAAUAUUCUAGAAGCCAGGGGAGCUGGGCUGCAUCUCAGGUGGAUCUUCGUGGCUCUUGGAGGAGGCUCGGAAAGAAGAGGCGUGGUCAGAUGCUGGGGAUCAGCCCCCCACCAGCACAGGCUUGGCUGAGAGGGAGCCUGUUGAUUGGUGGUCUUGGGGGAGCUUUGCUUCUGGCCUAUUAGCCUCCUGGCCCCAAGACUCAGGUCUGCCUGAUUUUAAGAGUCUGAGGUCCUGGCCUCGUUUGGGCUCCGAGAUGUAGUUGAGGGACGUGGUUGCUUAUGCGGCUUCUGGGAAGGCGAGGAUUUCAGGUCCCUUUUCUCGCGUGAGUCGGUGACCUUGCGAGUUUCCUUCUCCUCCCGACGCAGAGCACGUUGUGCCCGUCCCAUCGACUUGUCACGAUUUCACCAGCACCUACCAAGCUCUCCUCAGCAAACAGGCGGUCACCAAGUCUUUGCCAGGGCACAAGCAAUCUUUGGAGUCAGUUCUCUUCUCUUUGGGGCUCAUGGAACUUUAUGGCUUGGGCUCUGUCCACAACUAUUUCCAGUUUCGAAUGUUUUUCUUUCGUAAGUUGACUUGGCAAGGCUCCCUCUGUAAUUACUUCACGAAUUACAACUCUUGGUUCCUCUUUUUUUAUACCCCCACCCCUCACCCCACCUCCUCAGAGUGAGCUUCAUGGUGCUUUGUGUGGGCAGCCAGGGGAGGGAGGGGGUCACAGACUUAGGCCCGACGUGGAGCCUCCCCAGGAGUAGCUGUUGGCCACAAACAAGCAGCAGAAAUAACCAGUUAAAAACUUGGAUUUCCUUCUACCCUUGAGGGAAAUUCUUUUUAUCCCUCCUGGUCCCCAGGGCAUCCUGGUGGGGGAGGGGACUGUAGUAUCACCUACUCCCAUCCUACCUGAGUCCCUGCAUGCUGAGGGGCUUCCUUUAGGCACCCAUGCAGAGAGUGCUGGGAGGGGGGUAGGACCCUCCCCUCCCCAACACGUCCCUGGGCCACCUCUCUGUCCUUUCACAGGUUGUUCCACCUCACCUCCUUCUCCCUGGAUUUCCCUGUGUACUCAGUACCAAUAUUCUAGGUCUUGAUUUUGUUUUGGGUUUGCAUGCAAAAAAAAAAUAGAAUAUGACUUUUUUUUUAUUUAAAAAAAGAUAUAUUCUUUAAAAUGCCUACGAGCUGCAUACUGGGCUUGAGGGGCUCACGUUUUGAGCUGAUCUUUCUUUGGAUUUAUUCCCGUAUUGGUUCCACUUGAAGCGAGUCCAGUCUUUCGGCCUUGGAUGGGGUCAUGGGAUGUGUUUCUGGAUCCUUGCGGUAGAGAAUGCCAUUCUAGAGAGAAAGCUGGGCUUCUUAGGCAUGCUGAGCAACACUGUGGCAUGGGUUCUGUUGAGGCAAAGGGAGCAAGAUGUGCAGAGAAUGGGCAUUCUAGCAGCUUCCACCAUCACCUCUGCCUGCCUGUGCAGGCAGCAGCUCCAUGAGGGGUGGUGCUGUCAGACCCUCUGCAGGCUCUGCUCUCCGUUGGGCCCUGCCGUCAGCCUUGGCCGACUCUGACUUCUCCACCCAUUUCUGGCCACAGGUGUUCACUUUGCUCCACACGUGUAGGUUCCUCCACACCUGGAUUCCCCCUCCCCCGCCCAAGUUCUGUUUCCUUCCGGGGAAACAGGAACUGAGACUUGAUUCCUUCAGGAACUCCACCCCUGUCCUUCCCUGCUGCUUCUCUAACUUGCCAGGUUCCUCUUGUCCUCUCGCCCAUUUCAUGACCUCAGUUUUCUCUUCCCAUUUGGGGGAAUUCCUCCUGGGCUGUUUCCUCUCCCCCAGCUGAACACAAGAUUCAUCACCCCUGGCAUUUUAAUCCCAUCCUCUUUUCGGAUUUUUUUUUUUUUUAUUGAAAUCUCCUCCAACUUUUGUUGAAUCUAUUUCCAUUUCCCCCGGACCCCUCUACCCCCCAAUCAACCUGUUUUCUGUUCCUCCUCGCUGGGGUUCUCAGUAUUCAUUGGCAUAUCUUUGAUUUCACCCUGUUUUCCAUCCGUGCUCAUCCUCUUUGCACUCCCAGCAAAUGUUGGACUCACUGCCUGCUUCGUAGAAGAAAGGCCCUCGAGCAUGCACUUCCUUGCCCUCUUGCUCCUCUCCCUCUGCUCUCUCCCAGCACCCAGUUCCCCCUUCAGCUAUUUGUUACUCUGUCUGAUUCUCCAAGGCUUUACUCCAUCACUUAUCCCACUGCUCCCACUUUCUCAAGUUUUCAACCCUUAUCCCCACAGGUUACUUUUGAACUGGUCUACACUUAAGCAAAGGUGGUUUCCUCAAAAUUAACCCCAAAUUUCUUAUUAUCGGUUGCUCCUGUCACUUUUCCAUUGUCAGCCCAAGUUUCUUUUAAAAAAUAUUUCCAUUAAUUCCUCUUAGGCACUCUUCAAACUUCUGUAGUUUAAAAAGCCACCAGUGACCAUUCAGUUGCCAAAUCAAAUAAAAAAAAACUUCUAGUCCUC